AGAGUUAGUUAGUUAGUUGGUAGUUGACUUGUUGGAAGGUGCAUUUUAAUUGCUUUGCCUUUGCUAAACCCAGCCCUUGAACCUGCCCAAAAGUAAAGCGCUGACUUGGCGUUUGCACAGUGUGGGGGCAACUGAUAACUGGAGGGGGUGCAAUUUGCAAGAGUUUAGGGAACUCUUCUGGUUGCGGAACCGAGUUGAAUUAGGAGGAGGAGGAGGAGGUGAAGAAGAAGAAGAAGAAGAAGAAGAAGAAGAAGAAGAAGAACAAUGCUACGCCUACAGGACGCUCAAGCUCAAAGCAGAAGGUGUGACACCAGCAGUGCCAAGUCCUCACCUUCACAAACCGUGGAUCCGGAUGACAAAGACCAGGCCUCGGUUACUAUGAACCCUCUUCAUAUGAAGAAAGCCUUCAAAGUCAUGAACGAGUUGAGAAGUAAGAGCACCCUGUGUGACGUGACCAUAGUGGCGGAGGACGUGGAGAUCGCUGCACACCGUGUGGUGCUCGCCGCCUGCAGUCCUUAUUUCUGCGCCAUGUUUACAGGAGAAAUGACUGAAAGUAAAGCCAAGAAGGUGGAAAUCAAAGACAUUGACGGACAGACACUAAGUAAACUAAUCGAUUACAUAUACACGGCUCAAAUCGAGGUCACUGAAGAGAACGUACAGGUGUUGUUGCCGGCAGCCAGUCUCCUACAGUUAAUGGAUGUACGGACCGCUUGCUGUGACUUCUUACAGUCCCAGCUUCAUCCGACCAACUGCCUGGGAAUCCGGGCAUUUGCCGAUGUUCACACCUGCACAGAGCUGCUGAACCAGGCCAACGCCUUCGCAGAGCAGCAUUUUCCCGAGGUUAUGCUGGGAGAAGAGUUUCUUAGUCUGAACCUGGAUCAAGUCUGCAGUUUGAUAUCGAGCGACAAGCUCACUGUUGCUUCGGAAGAAAAGGUGUUUGAAGCCGUCAUCUCUUGGAUCAAGUACGACAAAGAAGCUCGUCUGGAAUACAUGGCCAAACUGAUGGAACAUGUCCGCCUGCCCCUGCUUCCUCGAGAGUAUCUGGUACAGACGGUGGAAGAAGAGACUCUGAUAAAGAACAAUAACACCUGCAAAGAUUUCCUGAUCGAAGCCAUGAAAUACCAUUUGCUUCCUAUCGAUCAGCGCGCUGCAAUAAAGACGGCACGCACAAAGCCCAGGACUCCCAUCAGCUUACCCAAGGUGAUGAUCGUGGUGGGUGGUCAGGCCCCCAAAGCCAUUCGAGGUGUUGAGUGCUACGACUUUAAAGCAGAUCAUUGGAAUCAGGUGGCAGAGCUGCCCUCCAGGAGAUGCAGAGCAGGGGUUGUGUAUAUGAGCGGGCAUGUUUAUGCCGUCGGUGGUUUCAACGGAUCACUGAGAGUGCGAACCGUGGAUGUUUACGAUGCAGUUAAAGACCAGUGGUUAGCUAUCGCCAGUAUGCAGGAGAGACGCAGCACUCUGGGAGCAGCUGUGCUGAAUGAACUGCUCUACGCAGUGGGUGGAUUUGAUGGGAGCACAGGAUUAUCAUCAGUCGAGGCUUAUAACUACAAAACCAACGACUGGUUCUUUGUGGCCCCGAUGAAUACACGGAGGAGCAGUGUUGGUGUUGGGGUUGUGGAUGGCAGGUUGUAUGCAGUAGGUGGCUAUGAUGGAGCUUCACGACAAUGUCUGAGCACCGUCGAAGCCUACAACCCCGUCAGCAACGAGUGGACGUACGUCUCGGACAUGAGCACCCGUCGCAGUGGAGCAGGGGUGGGUGUGUUGAAUGGCCAGCUGUACGCAACAGGCGGCCACGAUGGACCUUUGGUGAGGAAGAGUGUUGAGGUGUAUGAGCCGUCCUCCAACGCUUGGAGACAGGUGGCGGAUAUGAACAUGUGUCGGAGGAAUGCUGGCGUGUGUUCUGUCAACGGACUUCUGUACGUAGUCGGAGGGGAUGACGGCUCCUGUAAUCUGGCUUCUGUGGAGUUCUACAAUCCUGUCACCGACAAGUGGGCGCUGCUACCAACCAAUAUGAGCACUGGGAGAAGCUACGCAGGCGUUGCAGUGAUCGACAAACCACUAUGACCAGACACAUCAGCUACAGAUGGACAUUAAUCUGCAGCGAAAAACCGUCGAGCAUUCAUUCUGCUGAAGGUCGACCCUAGGUUUUUAAUUAUUUAUACUCCUCGACUGCAAGGCUAUUGGGGAGAGUUAACAGCUCGGCAGUUACCCUGCCGGAUUGAUACCGGCACUACCACAUGCAUUUUUUUAUAUGUAUAUAUAAAAAAAGACAGAGAGAGAGAGAGAAAAAAAAAAUCAAGCACUAAUUGAAGAGUAUAUGAGGAUGAGGAAAGGCUCUCUUGUUCACUGAGAGUGAGGCAGGACCAUCAGAGAGAGAGAGAGAGAGAGAGAGAGCAGGCGAUGGAGGGGUGUAUGUCGGAGCUGGUUCUUGCCCAGGAAUCUGACACGCCAGUUAUUAUUGAGUGGCAACCAUCACCGACUGAAAAGAGAGAGCGAGAGAAAGAGAGAGACCGAGCGAAUGUGAAUUACCGCUGUUACAUAUCAGAUCGACGCACACGGUGGUGUAUCUGCUGAAGUCCAGCGAGCUGCCGUGUUCAUAGCACAAUUCCUUUCGGGAACAUCAGACAGCGUGGCUGGCUGGCUGGCUGGCUGGCUCGCUACCCGGUCAGCCGGUGUGUGAGGGGUAGCCAGCACGUACACACGCAUGCCUUCUCCGUGACGAAUGGACGGGAAAGUCACUCGUCAUCAUGUACGUGUUCAGAUAAGCUGCUGGAGGGCGUGUGUAAAAAGUCACCUCUUGUCUACCGAGCCCGUGGCUGGCUGCUGUCUGGCUCUGGCUGUCUGUUGCUCUUUAUUUUAACAGACGGGCAGGAAUUUCCAGUUGCAAACACUUCUUGCGGUAGGUGCUGCAACCAUUCCUUUUCGUGUAGUUCGAGGUUCCUGGUCCUCAGCACACGGCAGCCUCAUUUCUACAGUGAUAUCAGCUCGAUUCACAGCAAAGCAGAACCUCACCAGAACGCCUUGGCUUCUCACCGAGGAUUGAAGCAUUGCCGUUCAUUAAUUGCCAUCGACUGACUCGACCAAUUGAUUGGCCGCCUCGACAAGUCAGCGUUUCUCGCUCCUUUUUUAUGUAAACUAAAAUUUUCCGACUGAACCUCAAAAACGACCCCCACCCUUUUCAAGGGUCGUUCACCUGAGACGGAUCUGACCGGCAAGUGUUUGCUCUGCAUUUGAUGUGCAGGAAGUUGAGAUCAACUGGAUUAUUAACAAUAAUAAUACUAAUUCUAAUAAUCAUCGCAUUUGAU